GGUCCGGGCCGGUGAGACAGCGUGGUCUGCACCCGGGGUGGGGCGGCGGAUCGGCGCGUCCCCUCGCGGGGCACCCCCGGCUCGCACUGCGCUCCGCUCCGCUCGCACGUGGACGGCCACUCGCGGGCUCGCCGCGGAGGAGCGAGGCUGUGUCCCCCGAGUCCCUCCUGGCGCCCACGUGGCGGGGAGGGUGGAGACUGGAGAUCCCGGAGCGGAGUUGGCGGGCAGUUGCCAGGACUCUGUGUGUGUGCAUCCUCUCCGGGCUGUAGCAGGGUCUCCCUGGACUGGGGACAUCUCAGCCUCACUGUCCUCCUUCUGAAGCUGCUCAUGGUGGUAUAUGACUUCUAGACCCAACAUGAGUGAUAUUUCCUGCAAAAAACGGGAUGACUAUCUGGAAUGGCCUGAGUAUUUCAUGGCGGUGGCCUUCUUAUCAGCCCAAAGGAGCAAGGAUCCAAGUUCCCAGGUCGGAGCCUGCAUUGUGAAUACAGAAAACAAGAUUGUUGGGAUCGGGUACAAUGGAAUGCCAAAUGGGUGCAGUGAUGACCUGUUGCCUUGGAGGAGAACAGCAGAAAAUAAGCUGGAUACUAAAUACCCGUAUGUGUGCCAUGCUGAGCUGAACGCCAUCAUGAACAAGAAUUCGGCGGAUGUGAAGGGCUGCAGUAUGUACGUCGCCUUGUUCCCAUGUAAUGAGUGUGCUAAGCUUAUCAUCCAGGCAGGUAUAAAAGAAGUCAUUUUCAUGUCGGAUAAAUACCACGACAGUGAGGAGACUACGGCCGCUAGACUCUUGUUUAAAAUGGCCGGCGUUACGUUCAGAAAAUUCACCCCCAAGUACAGCAAGAUUGUCAUUGACUUUGACUCAAUUAAUAUCCAGCCGAGUCAGAAGCUUCAGUGAGUUCCGUCUCGUUAAGUCCCGGAAGAAGAGGGCUCCUCUCCUCUCAGAAGCCUCUGGUGCCUUUCAUCUUGAAAUCGCGCAUAACUUUUUAAUAGCCGGCGUGGCACACGUACACCUUGAAUCUUCUUUCCCGUCCCCACCGUCCCACGGAUCUACAUCUGCUGAAGCUGUUGAUUUAGUUUGAUUUGGAACCCAAGGACCUGCCCACGGGGCUGGAGUGAAUGUCUUUCCGCCUUCGCCGACCGUCUGGCUGGGGUGAGGGUUCGGGUUAGGACAAUGUCGGCUCUCCGUCACCCACCAAAUUCCAACAGCCGCUCCUUCGCUAGGACACACAGAGAAUUGUGUUCUUAGCAGACUCACAGUGAUGUGAACAUCUGGCCCAAAUGAAGCAUACCCUGUCACGCCAGCACCAUGUGGGACGGAGGCAGGAGAAUCUUUGCUGCAGAGUUGAGGGGAACUGUCACCCACCUGCCCAGAGAGGGUCAAGGAUGACGUGUCCCUCCAGAAGAUCAGCACAACUGAACCAGGAAUACCUUCUGAGCUCCUGCCUCCCUGCCUCACACACAGCCCUGGCACGUUAUCCCUCUGGAGGGUGGCGACCCCUGUGGUUCCAGCCUCUUAUCCUUGGUUUGUUGGUCACACCGCACUGUUAAAUUUAUCCCCGUGAUAAGUGGUUCCUAGAGGAGGCAGCUUAUCCCUCCCCCUAGACCAGGCACUGUGUGGUGACAGCUGGAGUUUUAUGGAUGGGUGGCGUGGGGCAUCCCUCCCCCCACCCAGUCCCAUUUCCCCCCGCUGUGUGGAAACAUGUCACUCCUGCUCUGGGUACCAACAUGGUUCGUUUCCAAGGACGCCCUAUAACCAGAGAGUGCAUUCAUUCCCGUCCUGUAAGAGAAUUGGGGGGAAGUCUGUGUACUGGAGGUGGUCUGUUCCAGACCACUGGUGACUGCGCCUCAUUUGUGCCUUCAGCCACACAGGCAGCCACCACUCCAUGAUCAGUGUGGCUGGGGGGUGCUCCGCUGUGAGCUUUGUUUUUAGUUUCAUUUAACUUCUGUUAAACAUGCUCGGUGCCUUUGAUAAAAAUGGUUUCUUUAUCUUAAAGAUGAUUACCUUUUAGGGUGUUCUUAUUUCCUCAUGAGUUUUUAUUUCGUCUCUGAGUC